AUGUCCAACCCUCUCCUACUCAUCUUGAACAGGGAGACAUGGUUAAAGGUGGCGGAACACGACGGUGGACAUUGGGACGGGAAACACAUGGAGGCCGCGGCUGUCGUAUCAGGUCUAGAAAGCUUCAGGCUCGUGAAGGCGACGAAAGAGGGGGAACUCGUUCCGUGUUACGGCGGGAACGACCUGCAGCCACAUUUCCCGAUGGCGAUAUGGCACCCAUGUGGGCACUUCGAAGCCGUGUUCAAGGUUGAACCCCAGCCGGCAGCCAAAGAGUCCGUUGCAGCGAAGGAGCCCACCGCAGCCAAGGAGCCCGGCGCAGCGAAGGAGCCCACCGCCCCAGGGGAGGCCGCUGCCCUCGAGGAGCCCGUCGCAGCAAUAGAGUCCGCCGCACCCAAAAAGCCUGUCGCGGGGAAAAAGCCCGCCGCCCCGGAGAGACCCGCCGCCCCCGAGGAGCCCACUGCAGCGAAGGAGCCCACCGUCCCGGAGGAGGCCACCGCCCCCGAGGAGCCCGCUGCAGACAAGGAGCCUGUCGCAGUGAAGGAGCCCGCCGAACCCAACGAGUCCGCAGAAGCGAAGGAGCCCACUGCAGCGACGGAUCCUGGCGUGAUCAACAAGCCCGCCGCCCACGAUGACUCUGUCGCAACCAGGGACCCCGCCGCCGCAGCCGAGGAGCCCGUCAUCAUCAAGCAGCCUUCCGCAGACAAGAAGACCGCCGCAGUCAAGCAGGGUGGAGACGGCUGGGUUCUCGUGGGCAAGAAUGGGCGCCCGACGACUGCGGGUGGUGGUGGUGGCUUAGGCAUGGAUGAGCGCGCCGAGAGGAGCAGCGUCAUCAACAAGGUGUGUUUCAUGUAG